AUGGCGGAGAAGGAGAAAAAGUGCGAGAUCGACUACAGCAAAUAUGUGGACGCGGCGACAAGACGCAUAGUAUACGGAUGUAUAGGCCUGGUCGUUACGGUUGCGGUUGUAGUUUUCUUGGUAUGGGCCAUACUUCACCCACACAAAAUGGAUUUUGUCCUACAAGACGUUACCAUUUACGAGUUCAACAUCUCACAGCCAAAUCUGCUAACUUCAAAUCUCCAAGUCACAGUCUCUUCUCACAACCCGAACGACAAGAUCGGAAUAUUGUACGACCGCCUAGACAUCUAUGCCUCGUACCGCAACCAGCAGGUGACUUUGGCGCAUCUAUUGCCGGAAACGUAUCAAGGACAUCUGGAGGUAACGGUGUGGUCGCCGGUUCUGACUGGUACUGCCGUGUCAGUGGAACCUUACCUGACUCCAGCACUGAACGAAGACAUAAACGCCGGGAUGGUGCUUUUAAACAUCAAGAUCGACGGUUGCGUUAAGUUUAAAGUGGGUGCAUGGGUAUCUGGAUGUUAUCGGCUCCUUGUCAAUUGUCCUGCGUCAAUUCCCUUCUCCGGUCAGUUCGCAGGCACCGGUCCGGCGAUCAAGGACCAGCUUGCUCAGCAAUGUGCUGUUGACGUAUGA